GACGCCAAUAUGUCACGGUGUUUUUAGAUAUGGCUGUCGUAAUCUGUCAAAAGAGAUAAUUAUUUUCUGAUUUUUCUGAAAAUGCCUUUUGUUGAUACAUAAUUUCUUGUUAGAAUUCAAUGUUUAUUCGUUAUUAAUCAAGUGGUAAUAAAUAUUAUUGGACGAUGGAGUCAAAUUCCUCUCUUCACAGUGAUGAACACGAUGGCGCGGAAGUGUCUCCUGUAACUGAAGAUCAGGCUACGGAUACAGUAGGAGAAAUAUCUGAAAACAAUGUAACCAGUCAAGACGAAGCCGCUGCUGUCGAAGAGUCGCCUGCUAAUGGAGGCCCAACCAGCAGUAGUGAUGCACUGGGUAUAGAACCAUCUGCACCGCAUGUCGAGGAAGAGCAACCGGCAGUAGAGCAAGCCAAUGCAGAUGCUGAGGAAGAAAUGGAUAUAGAUGAUACUACUGCAGGUACUGCAGCUGACGAGUCUGCUUACAUUGGUGAUAACUGCUUGUCUACUCCCGAUACUGAGAGCCAACUGGAUCCAAUGAUGAAAGACCAAGUCCUUGACGAGGCUGAGGGCAUGGGUGCUGCUGCAGAGGAAUCUCCUGAUCAGUCAAUCAGUUCUGCCAUGCCCACUGAUAGUGGUGUUGGUGAAGGUGGCGAAGCGCCAAUGGUGCAAGAUGAUUUAUCUCUAGAUGAGUCAAGCACAAUGGACGAGGACAUGGGCGGCGGCGAGGGUGUCGCCAGUAGCGAUGACGUGAACGACAUUAGCAGUGCCGCGCAAGAGGUGCUCAGCACGGGUAUCAGUUCAAGUACAGCAGAAGGCGGCGCGGAUAUAUCGAGCAGCGGCCAGUCGGAGACGCCGCUGAUAUCGUCCACUGCCAACGGGCCCGCGGUGUUGCACUCGUUCUCUCUCACGCCACAGCAACACACUGCCAACGAAUAUUUGAAAUUCCUAUCGACCAGGUUCAGUGACGCUGAUACAUCUGAGCUGGAGGGCGGCGCGGACACGAUGCCUACUGUCAGCGAGUCUAUGCCGCUGCUCACAAUUGGAUCAGAUCGAACCAACGGUUCCGCAUUACUUUCGCCUAAUUUGUUGCAAGAUAGUGCAGCGGGUCCGUGGGCGGGCGAGGAAGGCGGCGCGGGUGGCGUGUCUUCUUCGGUGGCGGCGGAGGCGGCGGAAGCGGGCGCGGAUGCGGGCGCGGGGGCGGAGGCGGGCGCGGGCGCGGGCGGCGCCACCAGCGAGGGCGAGAGCGCAGUGAGCAGCUCGGUGGCGGGCGGCGGCGGGUCCAACGGCGCGCCGCCGCUGCCGCCCGCCGACGCCGCGCACGCACUCGCCACACUCGCCAGCGCCGCGCUACACCACCACGAGAAGACUGAGCCGGAAGAGCCUAAGCCGCACGACGAGGAUGCUUGGUACACCGUCGGCAUUGUGAAGGGCACUACCUAUACGGUUCAAAAUUAUUUAUCAGAUCCGAAUGUGGAUUUGUCUAAUCUAUCAUUGGACAACCUGCCCGACCUGUCUGGACUGCCGACGACUCCGUUGGAACACGGAACCGCGUACAAAUUCCGAAUAGCUGCCAUCAAUUCCUGUGGCAAGGGCGAGUUUAGCGAAGAGUCUGCUUUUAAAACAUGCCUCCCAGGAUUUCCUGGUGCGCCAUCGGCUAUUAAAAUAUCUAAAUCAGUGGAAGGUGCCCACUUGUCAUGGGAGCCGCCACAAGUGGCUGCCGAAGGCAUCUUCGAGUACUCAGUCUAUCUCGCAGUGCGAUCUAAUACGCAACCAAAGGAAGCAUCAAAAUCUCAGUUGGCAUUUGUUCGCGUGUACUGCGGCAAGGCGAACACGUGCGUGGUGCCGCAGUCGUCGCUGGGCGCGGCGCACGUGGACUCCUCCACCAAGCCCGCCAUCAUCUUCCGCAUCGCCGCGCGCAACGAGAAGGGCUACGGGCCCGCCACACAAGUCAGGUGGCUGCAAGACAUCAAGUCGACCGGCGUCAAGAGGGCGGGAGAAGGGAGGUUACCCGGCGCGUCGCCCUCAAAGCAACCCAAACAAAUUCUUCACUAAAUGUUAAUAUUUCCGUGUAUGCAUAGCAUUCAGUAAUUACGAACAGAUCUACAAAUGACUACGCGCAUAAAAUUCGUAUAUAAACCUAAGCACACACCAGCUCUUUAUAAUUAAUCAUUACACUUUUUUAUUGAAUUGUGAAUGAUUCUGUUUCGUAUAUUUUGCCUCAUUAAGAAUAAAUGUUGCACGCGAGUGGUUUAAAAACUAUUGUAAUAUGUAUGUGCCUGAUUCCGUCACGAAUGUAUUUGACGGUAACAAAUGACUGAUUAUAAUGGAAUGAUGUAGAUGGAAUGAAUAAUGAUAUUGUUAAACAUAUCUACACGCAUAAAAUAAACUAUUAAUGAUCCAAUUAAUUUUUUUGUGAGACUAUACUCUGUAGUAAUGAAAAACAUAUAUUGUUAUAUUAAGAUUCUAUAGUUGUUAUUGAUGAGAAAUAAAAAAGGUUAAAAGAUAAAACAAUCAAAAUAAUGUCAGGGUCGUCUGUAGGUGUUGAAGAAGAAAGCAUAGAGGAUUUCCAUUUGGUUUUAAUCCUUAAUUAUAUUUUAUUGAGUACACUA